AAAAGUGAAAACAGAUUUACAAUAUUCGAUUAUUGUCAAUUUUUACUAUCAUGUAAUGGAUAUUGGUGAACAGAAAAAAUUAAAAAUGAAUGUGUUGGAAUUUCCUUUUAAAGUGCUAACAAUAUGUGGUUGUUGGCAGCCACAAUCAUGGACAUCGAUAUAUAAACGUAUAAUGUAUCGAAUGUACACAAUUCUAAUAAUUUUGAUAGUAAAUAGUUUUACAUUAUCGCAAUUCAUGGAUAUAAUUCUCAUUGUGGAUAAUACGGACGAUUUCUGUGACAACUUUUGCAUAUUACUUCCUAUGAUUAUAACUUGCUUUAAAUUAUUCAGUUUAUUGGCAAAUCGCAAAAAUAUUAUUAAAUUGAUUGAUAUUCUGACGAAAGAACCUUGCAAACCAUUGAAACUGAAUGAAAUAGAGAUUUAUUACAAAUUUGAUAAUAGCAUACAGCUUAACACUUUUCACUAUACAGCUAUGUGCUUGAUAACAUGGGUCAGUAUUACAUUUACAUCCUUGAUGACAAAUUUUGGCGAAAGAAAGUUAACGUUCAGAGCAUGGGUGCCGUUUGAAUAUUCAACUAUGAUGUUAUUUUGUCUGUUAUACAUUCAUCAACUGAUAGGUUUAAUUGUGGGCGCUCUACUGAAUGCUGCUUGUGACGGUCUCAUCUGUGGAAUGAUGGUGCACAUUUGCUGUCAGUUUGAAAUCUUAACAUAUCGUUUGAGCAGAAUCAUGCUUUAUUCAGAUGGCCUUCGUAAUUGUGUGCAACAACAUUGUAGUAUUUUAAGAUUUGCUUUUCUUGUAAAUGCAAAGUUUAGAAUAAUAAUUACUAUUCAAUUUUUGAUGAGUAUGUUUGAAAUAUGUUUCAAUCUCUAUCAAAUAACUCUAUCAAAGUUAGAUGCACGAUGCAUUCGACUAGCAUUAUUCAUGAGUUGCAUGUUAGUAGAAGUUUUCGUUUACUGUUGGUAUGGCAAUGAAAUAAAAUUAAAGUGUCUUCAAUUUGUCGAUAAAAUUUUUGAGAUGGAAUGGUUGACUUUGGAUAAUAAGUUAAAAAGGUCUUUAAUAAUAAUGAUGGCACGUACAAUAAUACCUAUUGAAAUCACCAGUGCUUAUACUAUCUCUAUGGAUCUUGAUUCUUUUGUAGGUGUACUUAAGACAUCAUAUUCAGCUUAUAACUUACUUCAACAAAUGAAUGAAUACAUACUUAAAAUGCGUGUUCUACAAUUUACUUUUAAAAUUUUGUCAAUUGUUGGAUGUUGGCGACCAGAAUCAUGUUCAUCAUUGUGCAUGCGUAUAGUUUAUGAUACGUACACAGUUUUUAUGGUUAUAUUAUUGUAUACAUUUUUGAUAUCGCAAUUUUUGGACAUUAUUUGGAAUGUCCACAAUACUGAGGACUUUACUGAAAAUUUCUACGCUACAUUGGCGUCUGUUGUCUCGUGCUCCAAAAUGCUUAGUCUGUUGAUAAAUCGGAAUAAUAUCAAUACAUUAACCAACAUAUUGAUCGAGAAACCAUAUAGACCAUCGGAUAUUGACGAAAUGAAAAUUCGGCAUAAAUUCGACAGACUUAUAUAUACCAACACAUUCUUCUAUGUUAUUCUGGUGGAAACAACCUGUGCAUGUAUCACCAUGACAUCUUUACUCACAGAAUUUAGAAAAAGAAACUUGACGUAUAGAGCAUGGCUGCCAUACAAUUACAAUUCGUCUACUAUAGUGUUUUGCCUUACGUAUGCUCACCAACUUAUUAGUCUAACAGCCGGAUCGCUCGUCAAUGUGGCCUGCGACAGUCUUAUUUGCGGAUUAUUAGUGCAUAUUUGCUGUCAAAUAGAAAUUUUAGAAUAUCGACUCAGCAAAAUAUCUAAUGGUUAUAAUAAUCUUCACGAUUGUAUAUGUCACCAUGAUGGUAUAUUUAAUUACGCACUCAAAUUAAACAAAAAGUUCAGAAUGACUAUUGCCAUGCAAUUCAUCGUAAGUACAAUGGUAGUAUGCUCUAAUUUAUAUCAGAUGACUAAAUCGUCAACUGUAGAUGCGAGUUAUCUUUCUUUACUGCUGUAUAUGUCUUGCAUGUUGACACAAAUUUUUAUUUACUGUUGGUAUGGAAACGAAGUAAAGUUAAAGAGCAUUCAAGUAGUGGAAAAUAUUUUUGGAAUGAAUUGGCUAACAUUAGAUAAAAAUUUUAAACAGAGUCUAUUAAUAAUUAUGAAUCGCGCAUCAAUACCAAUAGAGUUUACCAGCGCUUAUAUUCUUUCUAUGAAUCUAGAUUCUUUCGUCGGGUUACUUAAAACGUCAUAUUCGGUUUAUAAUUUAUUAAAACAAGUGUAG